GGGCCAAACACUCAGAAAACGGUCCCCAAACACGAAAAACACCAAAACGAGUUCUCCGUUUUUAACAGUGGUCCCAAACUUGUGUUUUGAAGUGACAAAGUGAGAGUGCUUUCCAAUUGAAGGAUUUAUAUAAUUUAUCUAAAAGAGUGUGGUUCUUUUCUUGGUGUUUCGCAAAUUCAUCAAAUCAGAGUGACAUAAUUUUCUGAGGAUCUGGAAUUAUUUAUGAAGGGUUGAUCAACCUGAAAGAACACCAUGUGCAGCAAUGAGAGUCCACCUCCCUCGAAGGAGCCCCUCUCAGUUGGUCUUGGAGUCGGUAACCCGAUGGCAGGUUUUUUUCCCGGUCUGGAACACUAUCGUCUACAAUUGUACCAUUACGCAAUGACCGAAAGGCUCAGGCUGGCCCAACAAAUGCACCCCCAACAUCCAGGAGUAGGCCAUCCUGGAUCUGGCGGACCCACUUCAGCCCACCUAGGAAUGACCGCCGGAUUCCCGGCACCUUUACCCUUGUAUCCAUCUGCAGCCGGUUACCCAAGCAGACUUGCUUUAUCAAUGGCCCUUCUGCAUCCUCAUCAUCAGCGAAUUCCGGAAGAACCGAAGCCACAACAUAGUUACAUUGGUCUCAUUGCGAUGGCUAUUCUUUCCUCGCCGGAUAAGAAGCUAGUCCUCUCUGAUAUCUACCAGCACAUUCUGGAACACUAUCCAUAUUUUAGAACGAGGGGACCAGGAUGGAGGAACUCCAUCAGACACAAUCUCUCCCUCAAUGACUGUUUUGUCAAAUCUGGAAGAAGUGCGAAUGGAAAAGGACACUAUUGGGCGAUCCACCCAGCGAAUCUUGAGGAUUUCCGACGUGGGGACUUUAGGAGACGCAAGGCGCAGAGGAAGGUUAGGAAACAUAUGGGACUUGCUGUUGAUGAGGAACCAGAUAGUCCUAGUCCACCUCCACUUCCUGCAACACCACCUCCGUCGGCUCCUCCUCCCUUGAGGCCUCCGAGUGCACCUAUCUCUGGGAUCUGGAGUCCUCAUCACCAUCAACCUCAGCAGCAGCAAGUGCAGCAUCACCAGGAUUUUAAACUGUUCCAGAAUCAAAAUCUGAGGCAAACGUGUCAACCCUCCAGGAAAAGACAGUUUGAUGUCGCCUCCCUCCUUGCUCCAGAUGACCAGUUAGAGUCUCUCAGGCCAAUAAAAACCAGAAGAUUCAGCUGUAGCGAAGACGAACAUGACCUGCAAGAACCGGAAGCGGAGCCUGACCACGAAGAAGAGGAUGUCGAUGUAGACGUAGAAGUUGAUGGUGGAUCAGAAGUUAAACCACUCCUCUCUCCAGUUACCCCAUCUGCUAGUCCAGAAUCUAAAAUGAGCCCACUUAAUGGCCACUGUAAUUGGAGCAACUCAUCUUUACAAUCCAAUAUUUGUCAACCAAUUUCCGGCAUUCAUCUUCAUAAUCAUCUCCAUUUCAAAAAUUAUUACGUUCCUAGCAAUUCGAGUCCGGGAUCAAGCAUUUAAAAUGCGUAUUUAAGGAAUUGAGGAUGUAGUAAUUAGCGAAGCAAUUUCGCAAUGAAAGAGACUCUAGUCUGAUGAACUUUAUACCUUGUUUCAUUGAUAUUCGUGAUCCGAUUCGAUGAGUGGGAUAGGGAAAAUUUGUGAUGAUUUAAGGGAUACAGAAAAGUUGGGAAAGUGUUGUGACGUGAAUGGAUUUAUUAAUCUGGUGUGCUGCGUUCAGAAGAAUGCUCUUCUUUACUUAGACUAUUAUGAAUUCUACGUGUUGGAUGAAGAAAUAGCAAUUGCAGCCAAAAAAUUGGAUUGAACCACAUUAAAUUUCAUCCAGCACUGAAAUCGUAACUUCGCAAUCUCUUUACCUGAAAUUAUAUGAAUUUUUCCCCAAUUCUGUAAUAAAUUUCUGUACAUAGAAAAUUGAUAAUUGUACAUAUGAUAAAUCUGGGAGAGUGUAGUAAGUAACGAUGCGGACUGAAGUGAUCUCGGUUGUUUAAAGUGUAAUAUAUUUUGGAGACUAUAAGGUUCGAGGAGAAGACAUCAUACCAAUUGUAAAACAUAAUUCACAAUCGGUGCUGUAAAAAAAAUAUGGGUGUCAAUCCUUUCAUCCCGUAUGUAUGAACGUAUGUUGUAAGUAGUUAGGUAAAUUAAAAUACAACAAUAAUUUAAAGUCUCCUGAGCCACGACGUGCGAUGGAAUUUCUAAUGACCACCAUCAUGAAUAUUAAAAUUUCUUGUCGCACGUUUCACUCAUUAGAAGAAUGUGCAUUGUGCGCGGACAACUGCAA